AUGGCGUCUUCCUCUGCCACCACGGUCCCUUUUACCACUGUAGACACGACGGCCCACUUGCCGGCCAAAGAUGAAGUCGAAUCGCCCAGUAAAUCCAGCACCAAUGCGCUCGCGAGAUACGAAUACGAGGCCGGCCAUGCCAACGCUACAGAAGGCACCAAGAUCCUGAUGGUAGAAUGGGAAGACGACGCGACCACACGCGGCGUGCGGGGCGACUGGCACAUCUCGUGGGAUGGAAGUACACGAGUCCUCCCUGCCAACGACCAGCCCGCCAACGACGUCCACCGCAUGUAUUUCCUGCUGCCUCCCCUUGUGCCCGUCCCUACCAGCGUCACACUUACUCUACGGCCCCAGGACGCCAGCAUAGCUCCCGUGGUAUGGCAUACGAAUCCGCUACCUGCCUUGUUCCCCCCUGAACUGGGAGCGUCGGCGCGUGCAGCAGGCAAGAAGGGCGUCCUGCACACCAUCUGGGCCAAGAAGCGGCUACAGGUGCUGCAAAAGGAGAUUGAAGCUGAGUCGCGGAACAAUGUCGAGGGCAUCGGUCUCGAAAUCAUCAUGCAGGAGAAGUCGUGGAUUGAAACGACAUUCGGCGUCAGUAACAAGCCUACCGGUCUGAGUCUGAACCUGACGGAGCCAAUGCUCACACCUAUGACGAGUGGCCCGGCCAGUCCGCGCUCCCCCGGGGGAGGACGUCUCAUGGACAAGUUGGCUGGUCUGCGCUUGGGAACUAGCGAUAAGGAUCUCACCCCGGGUGGUGCCAAUGUGCCCUUUUCCAACCCUUUGUCACCCGAAUCCUCGGACAUUGCAGUCUCCUCCUUUGCCAUCUUCAAGGGCGAAAACGCCUCUUGCCUUGCGGCGAAGCCCCCUCAGCAGCCACAGCGGAUAACCACGGCUCCUCCACGAAAGAUUGCCGCCCAAGUUCCUCCACCCGCUGUAGUCGCACAACAGAGCUCAGCGAUGAUGGGCUCGCUCAACAUGGCCUCUUUGAACGCCUUGUCAGGACCUGCGCCUGUGUUUGAAUCGAGAGCCGAACCCUCGUCGACACAAGACGACGAUGACGAUAACGACGACGGCCUCUUUGCAUUGCCCAUCAGUCCCCGGAGCCCCGAAGUCGGCAAAAGCCCCUUCUCCUUUGCCGCCAACGAGACAGCAAGCGCCAUGAAGGGAGAGAGCGCAGCUAUCGAUUACGAGCUCAUUCAUGGACGGAGAAUGGAGAUGGAGACGGAGACGGAGACGAAGAAGCUGGCGAACCAAAACGUUUUGCCUCGUUUGUGGAACCCGCGACACGAGCUCCCCGUUCGCAGCUUCCUCAUUGCUCAAGUACUCUACAACCUUCGUCCCACCCGAUCUUCAUCCACCACAUCCACGCUUGCCGCACAACUCCUCUCUCUUCUCGACAUUACGACAAUAAGACGCUCGCUCACACCUACUUCCAACGCACGCGACAAGAUGCUCGCCACCGGGCGCGGCAGCAUUGCCCAAAUCACCUACACUGGCGACGAAGCCGCUGCAGACAUCAAGAAGCUCCUCGAUGCUGUCGUUGAAAAUGAAGACGACUUCGAGCGGUGGGAGGCGCUCGUCAGCCGGGCCACUGAGCUCGAGGGCGGCGUAACGCGCAACUCGAGCCCGUCGGCCAUCGAGCUCGUGCGCAACGUCUACGACUGCUUCCUCACAAAGUUCCCGCUCUUCUUUGGAUACUGGAAGAAGUAUGCGGACCUGGAGUUUUCAAUUGGUGGCACGGAGACGGCGGAGAUGGUGUAUGAGCGCGGUGUCUCGUGCGUCUCGCCCUCGGUUGAUCUGUGGGCCAAUUAUUGCACCUUCAAGAUGGAUACGUCGCAUGACAACGACAUCAUUAGAGAUCUUUUCGAGCGUGGCGCUCACUUUGUCGGCCUGGAUUUUCAGAGUCACCCGUUCUGGGACAAGUACAUCGAGUUCGAGGAGCGCAUCCAAGAGCCUGCCAAUGUGACCAAGCUCUGCUGUCGGGUGCUCCAGCUUCCCAUUCACCAGUUCCACCGCUACUUUGAAAAGUUUGUUGUUCUCUUGGGUACGCGGCCUGUCGAAGAACUAGCCGACGCUGAGCUACUGGAAUCCUUCCAGUCCGCCGUUCAGCGGGAGAAUCAAGGACAGCCCGAAAAGCCUGCGCUCGAGGUUGAACGUCAACUUCGGCAAAAGAUCCACGAGCACUACUACGUCUUUUGCACGGCGAACCAACAGGACAUUACGAACCGCUGGCACUACGAGCAGGCUAUCAAGAGGGCGUACUUCCACGUUACAGAGCUCGAAGAAGUGGAGCUGGAGAACUGGCGCAAAUACCUCGAUUUCGAAGAGAAGCAAGGCAACUUUGAACGUACCUCUUUUCUGUACGAACGCUGUCUUGUGGCUUGCGCACUCUACGACGAGUUCUGGCUGCGUUAUGCUCGGUGGAUGUUCUCGCAGGGCAAGGAAGAGAACACGAGGAUCAUCUACAUGAGGGCGAGCUGCAUAUUCGUGCCCAUUUCUGCACCCACGAUACGUCUUAAUUGGGCACGGUUUGAAGAGAAGCUCGGCCGCACAUCGGUUGCCCGUGACAUCUAUCUUGCCAUGCUGGAGCAGGCUCCUGACCACACGGAGACGUACAUAUCCCUGGCUAAUUUGGUGCGUCGAAGUGAAGGCAACGAUGCUGCUGUCCGACUGUUGGACGAGUACAUUGAACGCUGCAACACUCAGAUUGGCGGGGUCCUGGCUGCCGAGCAGGCGCGUAUACUCUGGCAAUGCAAGGGCGCAGUCGACGAGGCGCGCGACGUGUUUGACGGCAAGCACGAGCGGUUUGUCGACUCGCGCGACUUCUGGGUCAAGUAUUUCCAAUUCGAGAUUGGCCAGCCCUCGGCAGAUGAAGCGGAAGCCCAGGCCCGGGUCAAGAAGGUGUACGAAUCGAUGCGGACAAAGGGCCGCUUUGCGCCCGCCGUAUCCAAGGAGUUGUCGCAAAUCUACAUGGCCUAUCUGCUGGACCGAGGCGGCAGCAAGGCUGCCGAGGAGUACAUGCAGCUGGAUAGGCAGGUGAAUGGAUCCAUGCACGCUACAGCCCAGAGACCGACCCUUUUUUUUGUACACUUUGCUGCGUUGGUAGGGAGUACACACGCUUUGAUUCCCCCCCUCUCUACCCCCUUCUCCCUCCCUCUCUCCCUCUCCCCCGAUGAGAUUCUAGAUAGCAGGGACCAUAGCCCGACCUGA